AUGUCCAUUCACAUAGACCCGGACGCUUCUGAAGCUCAACUAUAUUCCGACUUACCUUCACCUCUAAUCCUUCCCCCUUCAGAGCUGUUAGAGAAUUACGAACCCAACGUCCUUGCUCCUUUAGUACGAUGUUCGAAACUCCCUUUUCGACACUUGACUUCGUUAUACGAGACUCAUAUAACUCACACACCCAUGAUGUUAGCGGAAGAAUUCUCAAGAGCUCAAAUUGCCCGAGUAUCCGAUUUCUCAACGUCAUCGGAUGAAAGAGGUGUUUAUUGGAUGACACCUUGUUCAGGUAAAGGAAAAGGUAAAGAGGUUAUCAGAGUUAAUCAUCCAGAAGAUUAUCAUUCAACCUCGUACGAGAAAUGUUCAAUUACAUAUCACAAAUCACCUUCUUCUUCUUCCAGUAGAUACGAACGAUUACCACCUAAUCCCACACCGCCAAAUAGGGAUUCACAAUUAGUAAAAGGUGUUUUAAUGGCACAAUUCGCUUCGCCAAAUCCAACUUCAUUAGCAGAUGCAGCUGAACUAAUCUCACCAUUUGUUGAUGGAAUAGAUCUGAAUUGUGGUUGUCCACAAAGAUGGGCUUAUAACGAAGGUAUAGGUUGUGCAUUACUUAGAAAACCUGAAUUAGUUAGAGAUAUGGUUAAAACUGUCAAAGGUAGGAUGGGUUGGAAUUGGCCUGUUAGUAUCAAGAUUAGGGUGGAUCCAGAUCCACAACAGACUGUCACACUCAUUCAAAAUGCUCUUUCGGUCGGUAUAUCACAUUUAUCAAUUCACGGUAGAACAAGACAUCAAGCAUCUACAGAUCCGGUGAAUCUAGAUGGUAUUAAAUUCGCUGUAGAGACUGUCAAUGGACAAGUUCCAUGUACUGGAAAUGGUGAUAUAUGGACAUAUGAAGAUGUCAUCAAUAUGAGAAAUAAAACAGGUGUCAAAGGAGUCAUGGCGGCUCGAGGUUUGUUAGCGAACCCCGCUCUAUUCGCAAAUUACUCUUCUACCCCAUCACACGCCGCAACUCAGUUCAUCUCACUAUCAACAUCAUACGGUCUCAUCUUCCCUUUAUUCCAUCGACACAUGGCAUACAUGCUAGAAAGUCAGUUUUCUCGACCUGAGAAAGUCUGGUUCAACAGCUUAAGCAGUAGUGUCUCAGCUAUUGAUUGGUUAGAAGGUAGAGGAUUAGACUGGAGAUCUCAAAGAGAUACAGUGUGGGAUGCUAGAAGAGGAAGAGGAACAGUUGAACAUGUACAUAUAUGA